GAUUAUACUUGGUAGUAUACCAUGGCUAGUGUUAUUUCAUCCAUACUUGGUCGUCAACUUUGCCUUGUACUGGAGUUCUUGAUCCUCAGCAUUGCUCUCUGCCCUACGAAUGCGAAUGCCACAGCAGCGCCGGCUCGUCCUCCAGCACAGCUGCCAGUGUCAUCGAACUUCACCAUGGCAGCCGAGGGGGUCGUCUACUGCAGAUGCUAUCUCCCUGGCUAUGUGCCGUCACUGGACGCUGCUCCUCUUCGAGGUGUGGUGGUUCUUCUGAGGUGCAAUGGUGGUGUGACGAGCAGCGUGGUCAAUGUCAGGGGAGUCACCGACCGGCAAGGCUACUUCUACCUGCAGACGCAGCUGAGAUCCAAGUACCUGGCUCGCUACUGCCGGGUAUUCGUGGUGUCGUCGCCGGUGAGGACGUGCACGGUUCCGCAGCAAUACAAAGAGCCAAGGAGAGGGACGAGAGAUAGCAGUCGAGGGAUCCCACUCAUCUUCGAGAAGAAGUUGAGUGAUGGAAUCGUCCUCUACAGUGGCGGCUUUAUCGAGCUCGGCCCUUCCAAAUCCACUGCCUGUCGCUAUUGAACAAUGGAGCUCGUAAGCAGUAGAGUUGGUUCUGAAGAUCAGCAGCUAGUUAAUGACUUGGUUAGAUUAAGGGGGUUGUUGCAUGGGUAGAGAUAACUGUGGUUUCAGUUGUUAGUUUCAUGAGAUUAAACCGAACUUUUAGUGGCAUGCUGAAGAUUUAGUUGCAUGGGUAGAAUUCUACAAGAUUGAAGAGGCUCUUAUUGAUUUAAUGAAGGAAACAAAAGU